AUGGCAGAAGAUUUAGCUGGGUUGCAGAAACAGAUGGAGGAAUUGACAGCACUGGUGAAACAAGGGCAAGAUGAGUCUAAUCCACCUAAAUGGUGGGAGAAUCAGGAAGAGAGGAUUUCUACACUGGAGUCUAGAUUGGCUACAAAUCAUGGAUAUGUGGAGGAAAUCUUGAAGAUUCUAACUGGUAGAAAGGAGGACCAAAAUCAGUCUGAAGACCAGGUACAGACCCCUGAUUCAUCUAAUAUGAGUAACAAACAACCUGUUAAGGUGACAGUAAUCAAUGAUAAGACUAGGUUUACUUAUAAACCGGAUGAACCUGGUAUUCUUAAGUCUAAACCAAACGUCUUGCCUGCUCACAUAGCUAGUUUCAAAAAUGAUAACCAAAUGGGGGAGAACAGUGCUGCUAGAACUCAGUUAAUGGCUGUUGAAGUGGAUAAAAGAGGUAUAGGGGGGUCCUCUAGCAUGUCAGGGAUUAUGCUGCAUAGACCAAAAAUUGAACUACCUUUUUUUGAUGGAAGUAAUCCAAGAGGUUGGUUACAGAAAUGUCUAAAAUAUUUUUCAUUAUGUAGUAUUGCUGAUGAACAGAAAGUGGAAGUAGCUACAAUGUACUUGACGGGUAAAGCAGAGAUUUGGUUUGAUGGGUAUAUUAUGCAAAAACAUCAUGUGACUUGGCAUGAGUUUGAGGCAGAUUUAUGUCAUAGGUUCUGUGAUAAAGCUUUUGUUGAUAUAGUGGAGGAGUUUACAAAACUAGUGCAAAAAGGGUCUGUAGAGGAGUAUCAUGACAGAUUUGAAGAACUACAGCCUCACAUGCUCUUGCAGAAUCCUACUUUAGGUGAGGAAUUUUUUGUCUCUUUGUUCAUUAGUGGACUAAGGGAUGACAUUAAACACAGAGUUAAAGCUUUAGACCCUAAAACAUUGUCUGAGGCAAGCAGGCAAGCUAAAUUAUAUGAGCUAUCUAUGGAAUUUGAGAGCAAGAGGUUCAAACCUUUUGUUAGAAAUCCAGUUUAUUCAGUUCCUCUAUCUGGUUCUAAGCCUAGCCAGAUAACAUUACCACAAAAGAAUACAACCACUCCAACACAAAAACAGAACCUGAUAGACUACAUGAGACAGAACAGUUUAUGUUUUAAGUGUGGUGAAAAGUUUGUUCCAGGCCAUCAGUGCAAAGCAAAACAGUUGAAUAUGAUGAUUGAGGAUGAAAAUGUCCUACCUUCAGAAAUUUUAGCUAAUGAUCCAGAACAGCAAAAUUUACAAGAGGAAGAGAGCCUAGAAAUAUCUAUGAAUGCCAUUACUGGAUGCAUUGGUCAUAAUACACUGAGGAUUCAAGGAACAAUUCAAGGGAGACCACUGAAUAUACUAAUUGAUAGCGGGAGUACCCACAGUUUUUUAACCCCUCAAUGGGCUGAGGCUGGUAUACAGAUAAACACUCUUCAUCCUCUGGCUAUUACAAUAGCUAAUGGGCAGCAACUCUAUAGCUCAGCAAGGUGUAAUGAAGUGGAGUGGAAGAUGCAAGGGCACUCUUUUAUACAUGAUUUCAGACUACUUCAGUUGGGGGGCAGUGAUAUGGUGUUAGGGGUGGAUUGGAUGAAAUUGUUUAGUACAAUCUUGAUGGACUUUAAUAACAUGACAAUGAGCUUUGUGCAUAAGGGGAAGCAAAUUACUAUACAAGGUCAACAGCAGUCAAAUUUUUUGCAGCAAAUUUCAGGAGCUACCUUAUUGAAGAUGACAGCUUCUGAUUAUCCUAUUUUGGGACAUGUAGUGUUUUUCAAUAUGUGUGAAGAUUCCAAGAUUACUCCUACAGCUAUUCAGCCUCUUUUGGAUCAGUAUCACUCUAUUUUUGUUGAACCUAAAGGACUGCCUCCUACAAGGAACCAUGACCAUGCUAUUCCUCUUAAACCUGAAGCUACCCCUAUCAAUUUAAGACCCUACAGAUUUCCCUAUAAUCAGAAAGCUGAGAUAGAGAAGCAGAUUGCUAAUAUGCUUUCCUCCUCUGUUAUUCAACCAAGCAAAAGUCCUUUUGCUUCUCCAUGUCUUUUAAUAAAGAAGAAAGAUGGCACUUGGAGGUUUUGUGUGGAUUACAGGAAACUAAACAGUAUGACAGUGAAGGAUAAAUUUCCUAUUCCUGUUGUAGAGGAUCUACUGGAUGAAUUACAUGGAGCAGUCUAUUUUUCUAAGAUUGACUUAAGGUCUGGUUAUUGGCAGAUCAGAAUUAAGCCUGAGGAUAUCUACAAGACAGCUUUCAGAACUCAUCAGGGCCAUUAUGAGUUCAAGACUCAAGUUGAGUACUUGGGGCAUAUUAUUUCAGCUUCUGGGGUUUCUACAGAUCCUACUAAAGUGGCAGCUAUGAAGAAUUGGCCUAUGUCAAAAUCUUUAAAAUCUUUGAGAGGUUUUUUGGGAUUGACAGGAUAUUACAGAAGGUUUAUAAAGAAUUAUGGUACCAUCAGCAAACCUUUGACUCAGAUGCUUAAGAAGGACAGUUUUAAGUGGAGUACUGAGGCCCUAACAUCUUUUGACAAUCUGAAGCAUGCUAUGUGUAUUGCCCCUGUGUUAGCACUACCAGAUUUUGGGAAGAGUUUUUACUUAGAAACAGAUGCUAGUUCAGGAGGAAUUGGGGCUGUAUUAUCUCAGGAGGGUAGACCUAUUGCCUACCUUAGUAAGGCUCUUAGCCCUAGACAUGCUGCCCUAUCUAUAUAUGAGAGAGAAUACCUUGCUAUUCUAAUGGCAGUAUCUAAAUGGAGACAUUAUUUAGAAAGCAGUCCUUUUAUCAUAAAGACUGACCAUGAACCUCUCAAAUAUUUGUUGGAGCAGAAGUUAACUACUGCCAUUCAGAAGAAAGGACUGACUAAAUUAUUGGGGCUGGACUAUUCUAUUCAGUAUAGGAAGGGAAAGUCCAAUGUGGUUGCUGAUGCUCUUUCUAGACAGUGGGAAGAUAAAGGUCAGUAUAUGGCUAUGGGUACUACUUUAAUAAUUCCUAGUUGGGUACUGGAAGUGGAAGACAGCUAUAAAGGGGAUAAAAUGGCAACUGAGUGGUUAUCUAUAUUACCAGUCAAUCGUAAUGCUGACCCUAGGUGGACAUAUUCUAAGGGUAUCCUUAGAUUCAAGGGCAGGGUUUAUAUUGGGGGUAUUGGACCUCUAAGAUUACAAAUUCUUCAACUCUUACAUGAUUCACCUUAUGGGGGACAUUCUGGAAUACAAGCUACUUAUCAAAGGAUUAGGGAAAAUUUUUAUUGGCCUAAGUUGAAGGCUAUGGUGGCAAAUUAUGUUGGAGGAUGUCAAGUUUGUCAACAGACUAAAGUUGAACAUGUUCCUAAACCAGGACUCCUACAACCAUUGCCUAUUCCCCAACAGGCUUGGGAGAUUAUUACUAUGGACUUCAUAGAAGGCUUACCUACAUCUCAAAAGAAAAAUUGCAUUUUGGUGGUAGUUGACAAAUUUACUAAGUACAGCCAUUUUCUAGCCCUAUCACAUCCUUAUACAGCUGCGGAUGUAGCCAAAUUAUAUUUGGAUACUGUUUAUAAACUUCAUGGCCAGCCUAAAAUGGCCAUUUCUGACAGAGACAAGACAUUCACCAGUCUCUUUUGGAGAGAACUGAUGAAGCAACUAGGUACUAAAACUCUAUUUAGUACUGCAUACCACCCAGAGACUGAUGGUCAGACAGAAAGGCCAAAGCAGUGGGCUAAAUGGCUGCCACAUGCAGAGUGGUGGUAUAAUACUACCUAUCACACAGCCCUUAAACUUACACCAUUUGAGGCAUUGUAUGGCUACAAGCCUCCUACUAUGGUUUCGCAGACAGAGACUAAUGUGCAGUCUGUUAGUGCCUUAAUGAGGAGUAGGGAGGAUAUUAGACAGUUAGUGAAGCUACAAUUGGAGCAUGCAAGUAACAGAAUGAAACAAAACACAGACAAGAAACGAACAGAAAGAGUAUUUGUAGUUGGAGAUACUGUUUACCUGAAAUUGCAACCCUACCGUCAGACUUCGUUGGCCCUGCGCAAGAAUUUAAAGUUAGCAGCAAAGUACUACGGCCCCUAUACAGUUAUUGAAAAGAUUGGUGAAGUCGCGUAUAAGUUAGACUUACCAAAUUCUUCUAGAUUACAUCCUGUUUUUCACGUGAGCCUUCUGAAAAAGCACAUCGGGGAUUCAAGUGUCUCUUCAAGAGACCCUCCUGCCAUGGAUGAUGAUGGACAGAUUAGAAUCGAGACAUACAGGAUUAUGGGUCGAAGAAUCAUAAACAGACAGAACAAACCUGUAACUCAGUUGCUUGUGCAUUGUAAGAACCUCGAUGAAACCAGCGAUACAUGGGAAGAUUUUACUGUUCUUCGAGGCCAAUUCCCUGAUUUUGAUAUUUGGGGACAAGGAUCCUUUCUAGCGGCGGGUAUUGUUACAGUCGGAGGAGAUGUGCGAGGAGAUGAGUGGGGAAGAGAAGAAGAAAUUGGGGAAACAAUUGGGGAAAACAGAGAGUUAGGGUUAGGGAUUGAGGCUCGAGAGGGGAUUGAAGAAGGGAAUUUAGGGAUUGAAGGAAGAGAGAGGGAUAUGAGGCGUUUACCUGAGGGAAAGGAGUUAUCUGAUAUUGGUUCAGGCAUAUUGGACCAGCCCAAGUCUUCAGACGGGAGAAGUGAAGCAGUCCAGUUAGGUGGCCCAACAAACCUGCAAGGAGAGAAGAUAUAA